UCGAAUCGCUCUCGCUCUCGCUCGCUGGUAUGAGCCGAUCGACACCUUCCGUCCUUCGCCGGUUGCCGGAGACCCGCGUCAUCAACCGAGAGCCGGCGCGUACGUCCCCUUCUCCAUUGGGCCACGCUGUGUCAGGGGAAGUUCUUCAAGCCAGCAGUGUCCUUCCUGGUGGCACCGGCACCGGCACCGGCACGACGCCAUCGAUCCUCUUCUUGUUCGUUGGAUGGAUGGAGGAGGGUGCGUCGGCAGGCUAAGGCCCGCCAACUGCUGGACUACGGCCCGCCGAGCCCACGCAAUUACGUGAAUGGGGAUGGAGCACCCCAAGCCGGAUGCGUGGGCAGGCUAAGGCCCGCCAACUGCUGGACUACGGCCCGCCGAGCCCACGCAAUUACGUGAAUGGGGAUGGAGCACCCCAAGCCGGAUGCGUGGGCAGGCUAAGGCCCGCCAACUACUGGACUAUGGCCCGCCGAGCCCACGUAAGAGUACGCGAAUGGGAUGGAGCACCACAAGCCUGGUCCACUAAGUAACCCUAGUCGCUCGGUAUAAAACGCUGGGCGCCGUGAUAUCCGUGUUGCUGUCCCCUCGCCGCCGACGCUCCAGCUGAGCGGUUCUUCCUCCCCAAGCCAAGUCAAGCCAAGCAGCAGCAGCCCUCCCGCCUGCUACUAGUACAAGCGAAGCACCAAGAUGAAGUAGGGCAUCCAACACCCCCUCCCCGCUUCUAAGUUUGAUUCUCAAGCGUUUGGGUUGCUGGACCAUCUUCAAGAUUUAUCUCCAAAGUGCGUCUGCAAGGAAACCAGAAAGUGAUGGUGUUCUAGCUAGUAGCUUGCUUAAAUGGGCCGUCCCAAAAAGAAACCUGAGGUUCUUCAUAUAUCUUGUUUCAUUGUUUUAUUUCAAAUUGUUCCAAAAAGAAACCUGAGGUCCCUUCCCUUCUCCAUCUUCUUGAUUGCUGCAUUGUGGAUCCCUUCCUCUCCAUCUUUAUGAUGGAGAUUUUCUUUUCUUUGAGUUUGAGAUGAUUCUAUGUUACAACAUGUUCCCUUAAACAUUAUUCCUUGCAGCAUCUCAUUAGCUUUCAUCUCUGUUUGGUUUUGAUGCAGGCCAAGCAAGCAGCAGGCAGGUGACGGGAUUGUCUUCUGCAGCCCUCUGUUCCUUUGCUUCUGAGUUUGAUUUUAAAGGUGUUCUAGCUAGUAUCUUGCUUCAAUGGGCCGGCCCAAAAAGAAACCUGAGUAUCUCAAAGAAAAAGCAGACAAGGCAAAGGAAGCUGCGAAGGCUUUGGCUAGGGAAAAAGUGGCGCACUUGGUGCAGUCAUCAUGUGAAGACAUACCCGUGUUUCCUUAUGGAUACAAUGCAGAAAAGAGACCUCCUGAUUGGGUGACUGCUCCAGCUGGAUUGAAUCGAGAAAAGUUUAUUGAAGAUUAUCUUUCAAAGGACUAUCUGCCAGCAAAUGCAACUCAACAACAGUUUGAGAAUCUUUACGGUCAACUUCAUCAGUAUCAUCUAUCUAUUUCUCCUCACUCAUUGGAGAGCAACAAGAAGUGCAAUAUUAGGCCAGAGAUUGUGGUUGGUGGGAAGCUUAUCCCUGAGGAGAAGCAUGAUGGAACUCCAGUAACUUCCUAUCUUGAUAAAAAUAUGAAAAAUACAUAUCAUAUAAUACGUGUGUGGGAUGCUAGGAAGAAAGGACGUUUCUUGGAGUUUCUCCGACAGAACUGUUCUGGUUACGUUUUGGCUUGGAGAGUGUAUGCGCUUCUAGUUUUGUUCAAAUCUGCAAAAUGGUGCUACUUCUCGGAUGAACCAGCUAUUGUGGUAGAUUUGGGACAUAUUUGGACAUUUGUGAUGUCUAGACAACAUUCAACAUAUUCAGUUGUGUACGUCCAGAAUUUUUGUUGUUUGAAUCCUUUGGAUAUACUUUCUUUCAUGUGCCAUAUUCUUAAUGAAUUGAUAGUUAGAUACCACACCUAAUUGAUGGUCUGCAGCAUGAGUUCCAAGUGGAUCCGUGAGGGAUACACGGAUUGCAUCAACCAAGCCAUCCUUCAAGACAGCAAAUAGAAUAUAUCAUGGAAGAACCAGAGGCAUCAAAUCACAUAAAAGACAUGGCAUCAGCUUUCAGUCCACAAGGAGAUCAAGAUUGAGACGGAGACGGACCUGUAGGGCAUUGCCAGUCAUGACGGACCUAUAUGCCCAGCUCUCUUGAAUAAACUUCUUGGAACAUAGUGUUUCUGAAAAAGCCACAUAGAUUUCAAGAAUGAGUACGCCUUGACAUCAAACCAAGAACAAUUAGAAAAUAAAUGUUCUCAUACCACAUUGGAGUGAAUGGUCCUAGGUACAUGCCACAUAUUGAGCAAAUCCAAAGAAUUUUAUAAAAUUGACAGACAACCAUCUGAUUAUAUGGACGGAAAGAGUAAUAUACUGGUAUCCACUCCCUUGCGUAUUUACAUAUUGAGAAUAUAGAUAUAGCAAGUCAGUAUAUCAUCAGAAGAUAGCAACAAAGAAAGUAUUGAAUAAGUGAUGAGAAACCAAUGACAAAUGAAUGAUCCACUCUUACGGCCUCUCUUUCUCUUUCGACAUUUCAUGGUGACCUCCUAUUUUGUCCCUCUCGAGCUGCAGGACACACACACAUGCUAAUCUUUAUG